UCAUCCUUCAAUUUCCUUCUCACUCAUUGAGCACAACACUGUAACGUUUUCAGAAAUAAACUCAGCAACAUGGCCGACGAAAAGAAGCCCGAGAUUAUCUUGUAUGACCUCGCCUGUAUCAAGAACACAUGCUUCUCGCCCGUCGUUUGGAAGAUCCGCUUGAUGCUCAACUACAAGGGCAUUCCUUACAAGACCAUCUUCGUUGAGUUCCCUGAUAUUGAGCCAACGCUAAAGAAGCUAGGCCUGGACUCCCAUGAUUCCAGCUCAGGCUCCCCUCUUUACACAGUCCCAACAAUCCACCAUGUCCCGACCGGCAAGUACAUCAUGGACUCACCCGCCAUCGCCGAGUUUCUUGAAUCAAACUAUCCCGACCCUCCUCUCCCUCUGUCCUCCGACCUUGGUCGCGAGAUUGAGACCAAAGCCCGCGGCGCCGUCGGUCCUGCAUUUCGCAUCUCCGUCACGCCACUCGAGAACCUCAUUCUCUCACCACGAUCUCAAGAGUAUUUUCGAGCCAAAAAUGAAGCUCGAAUGGGGUGUAAGCUAGAAGAUUUGAUAGACCCCGAGAAGGAGAAGAAGACUUGGGACGGAGUUGCGGAUAAGAUGACCGAGCUGAGUGGUUUGAUGUUGACAAACAAGGACAAAGGGCCAUUUUUGCUUGGUGAGAAGCCGAGUUACACUGACUUCUUCAUUGCUGCUUCACUUCAAUCGGCGAGGACUAUUGAUGAAGGAAUCUUCCAGCGUUGUGCUGCGUAUCCUGGUUUCAAGGCUAUUUACGAGGCUUGUGUUCCAUGGAUGGAGAAAAAGGACUAAGCGGGGGGACAGUUGUAGUUUACUUUGGCCUUAACUGCAUGAAACAGUUGGUAGCUCUCGAUAGCUCUCCGACAGAGAUUCCUCCCAUGUGAAAUAAAGCCAUUAUGAAAAUAGCACU